CAUGCUAUUGCUGAAGUGAUGGCAGAGGAGAUCAAAAUGGAGAUCAAGAGAGCCCCUUUUGUCGCUGUCAUGGUGGACGAAACCACAGACGUGGCUAACAUGGCACAGCUCUCACUUGUCCUGCGCUAUGUGACGGCCACAGGUGUCAAGGAGUGUUUUGUCAAGUUUGUGGAUGUGACCAGUGGCAGGCGAGCUGAUGACCUUGCUGCUCUUAUUUUUCAUUUCUUUGAGGAAUAUGAAUGUUCUCUGGACAAAGUUGUGGCACAGUGUUACGAUGGUGCAGCGGUAAUGGCCUCUGGACUCAAUGGGGUGCAGGCUAAAGUAAAGGAGAAGGUACCUAUGGCCUUAUUCAUUCACUGUUAUGCACAUCGUCUUAAUCUAGUACUGACUCAAGGGGUCUCAAAGCUGAAAGAGUGCAAGGUCUUUUUUGCCAACCUGAGCGGCCUCGCUGCAUUCUUCUCCAGAUCUCCAAAGCGCACUCAACUACUGGAUGACUUGUGUAAGCAGCGUCUUCCUCACGUCGCGCCGACACAGUGGCAAUACACAUAGCUGUGCUAAAGGAGUUGUUUGAUCACAUAUUGGAACACCAUGAUGAGUAUGAUCAGGACACUGUGCUUU